UCCUUUUCAGUCGUUCUUCGAUCUCGCUCGAUUGACCUCGAUCUCGUUUGUUUGUCUCACGGUUACGAUCUCAAGUUCUCUUGAUCAAUUCGUUCCCGGUUGGAAUGGAGAGGCUCCGAUUGGAUUUGGUUAAGGAAUCGGAGGUACCGACCAGCGAAGUGGGCGACGCAGUGUACGAGGAGAUCGAGGCCCCCAAAUUCGUCGACUUCACCGUCCCAGACUCCUCUCCUCCGGACGACCGCUCCUGGUUCUGCUCCCGCGUUGGUUGUGAUCAAACUCACGAAGAAGUUGAUCCUGAUGCUCUCCUCAGAAGCUUUCGGCUUAGGGUCAUGGCAGCAAGAACCCCCAGUGCGCGUCGUCGAAAAGCAUGGGAUCGAGAAGCUCCAAGGGCUAAAACCAAGCUAAAGGACCAUCCCAUCUUGAGCUUGAGGUCAACCCCCAGUGAAGCUAUGGCGAGAGCACAUCAUGCUGCGAGAAAAGGAGCAGUGACAACGUCAAAAAUCCAAAAACAUUUGACGAAUCAAGAGGGAUAUCGGAGUAUGAGACAUCCGGGGGAACCAGUGGGUGUAGUGAUGGACAAAUCCGUGGUAAAGUCUUUGUUUGUUGAGACUGUCCCUGCUGCUUCAAGUACUAUUACUAACAAGGAAAAACCAGAGAGUACUUCCACAUCCAAAUGUGAGCCUUCUGUAACAGAGGUUUGUAUUAAAAUGAAGACUGUCAAAGUUGCCAAAUGCACGAAGAAUGUGCCCAGCAGGUAUCUCUGCAUUACAAAAAAUCCCAAGACCACCAAAGAUGCUCGAGACUCUGCACAGACUUUGGUAAAGGCUCAUGAAAUUAGAAGUAAGAUGAAGUUGAAAAGCGAAGCAUCUUCAAAGUUAUGCAAUCCCUUGAAUGAAUCGGAAGUUGAUAGAGAAAUGGAUUGUAAUGUAGCUACUAAUGUUGACAAACAAUUUCUAGCUAUCAAUGCGGAUAAAGAAUGUCUGAACCCAGGUGAAAUGUACUCAAUAGGUGUAAUAAAGUCAACAACAAUGGAUAACUGUCAGAAAGAUAUGAAGCUCAAAGUUUCUUGGAUUCACUCUUCCUGCAAACCAGAUAGUGGAGCUCAGAAAGUAGAAUUGAUGACUGAGGUAGAUGAUGAUAAAGAAAAUGCUCCUAGCACCAACAAGGAAAGAGUUGUGAGUUCAAACACUCGAAAUCAUGCAAGUAAGAACAUCAUAUCCACAAUCAGAGAAAAUGUUCCCCAGAAGGCAGUUAGACCUCAAAUCAAUUCCACUACUGAGACUUCUGACCGAGGGAAGCAUAAAAGGACAAUUACAAAUCCAAGGCCUUUUAGACUAAGAGUUGAUGAAAGGAGAAUUCUUAAGGAAGCAAACCAUGAAAGAAGGCUUCUGGUAGAAGCACAAGCUCAAAAGAAAAGUGAAUCCAGUCUCAAGCAUGUAGAAAUGAUCAAGGCAGUAAUAACCAAGGAGAAAUCCACUAAAAAGGUCCAGAGCAGGCCUCUGAUGAAGGCACCAUCAAGGCAGACAUCCAAAGACAAAAGUGUGACAACAUUGAGGAAGCCACGCGAUGCUAAACUAGGAAGAGAUAGCAGCAAAACUGAGAAUCAUGGUGUUACAUCAAAAGGCAGAAGACCUGCAACAGUUCCACGGGAACCAAACUUCCAUACGAUACAUCUACCAAGAGGUUGCUCUAAAAGGGCGGAGUGGAAAAGUUGAUGAAUUUGUUCCAAAAAAUUCAAAAUUCCUUUGUACUAGAGGCAUCAAAUCCUUUUCACUCAACGGUUCCAUUGAAUAUUUCCCCUGUACUCUUCAAAAAACUCUUUCAACUGUAAAUUGUUAAAUGACUUUCUAAUGUUGGAUCACGUGUUAAACUACGGGAAGGAGAUUACAAAGUCAUGUAUUUUUAUUUGCCUUAAAAUGGGUAAGUUAUGGAUCAAUGAGCCCU